AUGGCGUCUUUGAUGGACCUUGUGUCCCAGAACCAACCACGAUUCCAGACCCACCAAGCGCUUCUCAUCAUUGGCCUGCAAAACGACUUUGUGACAUCAGAUGGACGACUUCCAGUUGACACUCAAACGCGUUUUCUAGAGCGCAUCAAGACCUUGAUUCCGAUAUUUCGGGAGCGCAGCGGCAACGUAAUAUGGGUUCAAACGCUGUUUGAAGCGGACCGCAUUGCGACCGGCGCCGAUACAGGUGAAGGCGACACGCUCGUUGUAGGCGGGCUUGUCGAUGGUGACGAGAAGGACAAUGACGCGGCGGAGGAAGAACUGGCCAAAGAAGCAGCGUCACUACCAGCGCAAUCCAGAUCUUCAAAGCACAAGCAACGCGCGAUAGACCUGCUGAAACGUGUGUCCGCGCGAAGGAAGACGUUGCCAAAAGAAGUUGCAAAAGCCAAGGCUGAGGAAGACGAGGAAUUAUUCUUGUUGAGGAGCGAGAAGAGGACGCCGGCAUGCGUACCAGACACGCACGGCGCCGAGUUUGCGGAUGUCAUUGCGAACCAGGUUGAGUUAUCGACGGAUGUCGUGAUUCGAACGACCAACUACUCUGCGUUCCAAGGUACCAACUUGCUCAUAACGUUGCGCGCAAGGCUUAUCACGGAGCUUUUCAUUGUGGGAUGCAUCACCAAUGUGUCUGUACUGGCGACGGUUAUUGAUGCUGCGCGCCAUGGUGUGAAGAUUCAUGUUGUUGAGGAUUGUCUCGGCUACCGAAAGGAUAAUCGACAUGAUUUGGCCCUGAAGCGCAUGGAAGACUUCUUCAGCGCUUUUCUGGUUAAUAGUGAGGAGAUACUCAAGGAAGAACCGCAAUUGAUUGUGCAAAAGACGGCGGUGCCUGCGAAAGGCGCAAAAGGCGGCGAGAAUAAUAGUGAUACGAACGUGGAGGAGAUGAUGGCUAAAAUGUCUCUUGCAACAUCCAUAAUAGCGAAACGGACCGCGGCAAGGACUGCGGAAGAGUCUAGCGCCGGGGGAACAGUAGAUCCUAGCGACAAGGAGUUUUCAGAUAUACUCACAAAGGGAGCAACGGUACCCGGCGCACAGGAAGAGGCGAAGAAACCGGAGCUUGUCAAGACGAAGAUCCGCAUGAGGACGGGAAAAUCCAGGAAAAAGAAAAAGAAAACGAAGGAAGGAGAGGAACCAAAAGGUGACGAUGGAGAUGUGGAUGGCAAGCCUGGCACGUCUACAGACCAAGGUACGAAAGAUACACCACCAACCACAACGUCGCCUACAAUCAUACCUCCACCUGCAUCAACCGAAUCUCAACGAACUUCAAAGGUUGCGAAAGCUGGAAGUGUUGCAGACUUGCGGCAGAAAGAAGGGAAGCAGCACAUAUUGAAGAACGCUACUUCGGUCCCUAUGCUAUCUACCAAAGCUGAUGGCGAGGAGACGGAGAAGAACAGGUUAUCAGAUUUCUCGGAUCGCGUCCGCAUGUCAUUUACUAGGGCGGCAAAGUCUGAAUCAGAGUCUGAGUCGAAAAGAGGAUCUACCAGUUCUGCAAAUGCAGCCUCUACCAAUGUGAAGCAAGACGAUAAACAACCGACGUCAAAACUCCCACAGCGAGAGCAGUCUCAUGCGGUCACACAAGAAAUCGAUCCUCCAUCAUCAGGAAAAGCCACUACGAUGCGACAAUCACGCAAGUUGCAAUCCCUCGCAACUUUCCCAGUCCUGGGACCUGGAGAUCACAUUGCAGAAGGUGAUUCGCGCAUCAUGCACAAUUUCUUCUCUGCCGACUACGUCCACUUAUCUGCUCCAUCGAAGCCACUGAAAGACGUCAUAUUCACCCAACUUUACAACGAAGUGCCAUGGCAGAAGAUGCUCCACCAGCAAGGCGAAGUCCCCCGACUCGUAUGCUGUCAGGGCGCCUUUGGCGAUGACGGCUCAAUGCCGAUAUACCGGCAUCCAUCCGACCAAAGCCUACCGCUCCUACGAUUUUCACCCAAAGUACAGCUCAUUCGAAAGCACGCUGAGAAACUCGUUGGCCACCCCCUCAACCACGUGUUAAUCCAACUCUACCGUUCCGGCAACGACUUCAUAUCCGAGCAUUCUGACAAGACACUCGAUAUAGUAAAAGGCUCUUCAAUUGUCAAUGUAAGCUUCGGCUCGCAACGGACGAUGCGCUUACGCACCAAGAAGGCUCAGUCGGCAGAGCAGCAAGAAGAAGAAGAAGACGAACAUUUGGACAGUGACACUAUCACACAGCGCAGAACCCAACACGUAGUCCUUCCCCAUAAUUCCAUGUUCGUUCUCGGCCUCGCUUCAAACGCAAAGUGGCUCCACGGCAUCCAACCCGACAAACGGCCUCUAAACGAACGCACCGAAAGCGAAACAGCCUACAACGGUAUCCGCAUCAGUCUAACAUUCCGACACAUUGGCACCUUCCUCGAUGCACGCGAAACAGUCAUCUGGGGCCAGGGCGCAAGCGCAAAGACGCAACGCGACGCCGCCGACAUCAUUUCCAACGACGAGGCCGAAACCGUCCGCCUCAUCACUGCUUUCAGCCGCGAAAACCACGAUCCGGAUUUCAACUGGGAGGAACAUUACGGUGACGGAUCUGACGUUUUGCACUUGCACGCGCCGCCGCCGUCGUCGUCCGCCAAUGUCCCCCUGCUGUUCCUGAGCAACAACGCCAUUCAAAACAACCAAGUCAUGAUUCUCCUCGCAGAAAAGAAGCUUGCCUACACGGCCAUUGAAGCGCCGUCUCUAGACCCGGCGUUUGAAGCAGACCGCCAAGUCACGCUCAGGGAUACCGAUGCCAUGCAUACUGAAGUCCACAGUGCGUCUUCCAUACUGCUUUAUCUGGAUCGGUAUCACCCGCUUGAUACAUCAGCGUCCUCGCAUUGCGUGACUGCGAAUGCGUAUCCUAUCAUGUUACUCAUGGCCAGCAUAGUGAAAGCUUGGCCGGAUCGAGGGAGGCUGGAGUCUGGUGAUGAAGUUGAGAAUCUGGUGGGUCGGUUGGAGGAGAUGGUUGAGGGGAAUGGGGGUCCGUUUGUUGCUGGGAGUAGGUUUAGUAUUGCGGAUGCGUUUGUUUGGCCGGUUGUGCAUGUACUGAUUGGAGAGUGGGAUGGAUGGAAGGAAGGGGGUGGAGGGUUUGAGAAGCUGGGAGAGUGGUAUAGGGCGUGUUGGAGGAAGAAGGCGAGUAUCAAGAAGGUGGUUGGUGCAUUGGCUGCUCCGAAUGAGAAGGACGAGGAAGAAAAGUAG